AAUGCCCUAGCCCCUCGCAAUGCAAACUGUGCAAACUGUCGCCGCCAGACCGUCUCGAAGCUCCGCCAAAAAAACCCCAAGCAGUAGCAGCCUCAUCACAGCGUCACGAUCCUAAACUAAUCAUGUCGCUGUCUCUACCCGGCCCUUCCCAGGCCGGCCUCUUCAAGCCAGGCUACCAAAGCCACGAUGCUGAAGAUGGUGCCGUUAUCCGCAACAUCGAGGCCUGCCAGGCUAUCUCCCAGACCGUCCAAACGUCGCUUGGUCCGUAUGGCCGCAACAAGAUUGUCAUCAACCACCUGCAAAAAAUGAUUCUCACAUCAGACGCCGCUACAAUCCUGCGCGAGUUGGAAGUGGUUCAUCCCGCUGCUAAGCUGCUAGUGAUGGCGAGUCAACAGCAGGAUGCGGAGAUGGGUGACGGAACCAAUCUGGUCAUUGUGUUGGCGGGUGAGCUGCUGAAGAAGGCUGAAGAAUUGCUCCGGUUGGGCCUGAAGACGAGCGAUAUUUCUCAGGGUUACGAGAAAGCACAGAACUUUGCACUUAAGGUGCUGGAAGAUCUCGCCGUGGACCGUUUACAGGACAUGCGCUCCCAAGACGAACUCGCCAAGGCCCUCCGCACGGUAGUCGCCAGUAAGCAGUCCGGUACUGAGCAGAUCCUCGCUUCCCUUGUUGCAGAGGCUGUUCUCGCCGUCCUCCCCAAGAACCCCCUCAACUUCAACGUCGAUAAUGUCCGCGUCGUGAAGAUCAUGGGAGGCAGCCUGGAACAGUCCCGCGUAAUCAAGGGUAUGGUGUUUGGCCGCGAACCCGAAGGUGCAAUCAAGAAGGCCCAAAAGGCCAAGGUCGGUGUAUUCAGCUGCCCGAUCGACAUCUCCCAGACCGAGACCAAGGGCACCGUCCUCCUCAAGAACGCCCAAGACAUGCUUGAUUUCACCAAGGGUGAGGAAGAGCGCCUCGAAGCUGCCAUCAAGGAGCUCUACGACUCCGGCCUCCGCGUCGUCGUCGCUGGCGCCCAAGUCGGCGACCUAGCCCUCCACUACCUCAACCGCUUCAAUAUCUGCGUGGUCAAGAUCCUCUCCAAGUUCGAGCUCCGGCGUCUCUGCCGCGUCGUCGGCGCCACGCCCCUCGCUCGCCUCGGUGCCCCCAUGCCCGACGAAAUGGGCUCUAUCGACGUCGUCGAAACUACCGAAAUCGGCGGCGACCGUGUCACCGUCUUCCGCCAGGAAGACUCCACUGCCGUCACCCGCACCUCGACCAUCGUCCUCCGCGGCGCAACCCAGAACCACCUCGAUGACGUCGAGCGCGCCAUCGACGACGGUGUCAACGCCGUCAAGGCCAUCACCAAGGACCCCCGCCUCGUCCCCGGCGCCGGCGCAACAGAAAUCCAGCUCGUCGAGCGCAUCUCCGCCUUCGCCGACCGGACACCGGGUCUCCCCCAGCACGCUAUCCGCAAAUACGCCGAGGCAUUCGAAGUCAUCCCACGCACGCUCGCUGAGUCCGCCGGUCUCGACGCAACCGAGGUUCUAUCCCGUCUCUACACUGCGCACCACCGCGUCAACGCUGCCGAGGCUGGCGGAGAGGAAGGAAAGUCGGCUGCAGAUGGAGAGGAGCCCUACUGGACUACUGGAAUUGACCUUGAGGGGACCUCGUCGUCGGCUGGCACUUUGGACGCCGUGGAAGAGGGCAUUCUCGAUCUGCUUGCUUCCAAGAGCUGGGCUAUUCGUCUGGCUAGUGAGUCGGCCAGAACUGUUCUCAGCGUUGACCAAAUCAUCGUUGCUCGACAGGCUGGCGGGCCUAAGCCUCCUGGUCCUAACCCUAACUGGGAUGAGGACUAAAUUAUUUAAUAAUUUAUGAAACAAUGGAUAGUCCAAAAUUCAAGUUUGUGAUAGAAUGAUACGAUAUCAUGAAAAAGUUUAAUAUCAGGACUUUCUUUUGGAGUGUACAGUUGCAUAUACUGCGGGUCUUGUCAUUACCGUAGACUGCAAUGAGCUACGUGAACUAUGCCCAAGUUAUAUCAUGUGUAACAGGGUGUACAACUACUCUACAGGAGCAGACCAAUUCCAACUACAAUUAAUUCAUUAGGUGGUUUCUAAACCAGGGAAAGGCUAAUAAUACGUAAUAAAGGCUGAUCUCAGCUAACGGUACC